CAGACGACUUUGCCAGCGACAUCCAUAAAGCUAGUUCAUUGAAGAGGGAACCAAAGGGUCCAAAGUCCAAACCAAAGCAAGACCACCAUUUCUGAGAAAAACAAAUGAUAGUUGGGAACAUGGGCAUUCUCGUUUUGAUUUUCCUUCUGUUUUUGUUAUGCCUGAAAGUACCCACUUAUCAUGCUCAACAACAAGACCAAACAUCCUCAUUUUCUCCUCAUAGAACAGUCAUUGAUGUAAAAGGUGGUCCAGAAUCAGUGGUAUGGGUGGUUCAGCUCUCUGAUCUCCAUUUCAGUGUUCACCAUCCUGACAGAGCCUUUGACUUUAAGACCCUUCUGCCUCCUGCUCUUUCCAUGAUCAACCCAUCUCUUGUCCUCAUCACUGGUGAUCUCACAGAUGGGAAAAGCAAGGAUUUGCUAGUAAUGAGGCAGAAUGAAGAGGAAUGGGUGGAAUACAAGAAUAUAAUGGAGGAUGUUGUGAAAAGGAGUGGAUUUGAUAAGAGCAUCUUCUAUGAUCUUAGAGGGAAUCAUGAUAAUUUUGGUGUGCCAGUGGUUGGUGGUUCAUUUGAUUUCUACUCAAAGUAUAGCAUCAAUGGGCAAUUGGGAAGAAGCGGACAUGUAAAUAGCAUCACUCUUCAGGCUGGUGAGCAAAAAUAUCUGUUCGUGGGGUUGGACAGCACAAUGUCUGUUGGUUUACGAGGCCCAACUAAUCUUUUUGGGCAUCCAACUGACCAACUAUUGACUGAAAUAGAUUUGGAGCUAGCACAAUGGGAUUCUCAAUCAGCUAAACCAGUGAACAAGAUAACUUUUGGGCAUUUCCCUCUUUCAUUUUCAGCAUCCUCACAAUCUGGAAGGACCCUGAAAGAUAUUUUCCUCAAGCAUUCCCUUUCAGCAUAUAUAUGUGGGCAUCUUCAUUCAGGAUUUGGAAAGAACUUAAAGAGGCACCACUUGUCAAAUCAUCUUUUACUGUCUUCACAGAAGUUUUUCCAGUUUAAUGUACAUCAAAUACCUUCAGAAGGCAUUAAGAAUUGUUCAUUUGGAGCCCCACCGGUUGAAGAAUUUUGGGAAUGGGAGAUGGGUGACUGGAGGAAGAGUAGAGCCAUGAGAAUCUUGGCCAUUGAUAGAGGUCAUGUUUCAUUUGCUGGUAUAGACUUUAAGUCAGGGUCCAAAAAGACUAUUAUAAUACCCACAUUUCCACUUGACUCACGUUUCAUGUCAACAUCUUCAUCUCACAACGAGUAUGAAUGUGAACAUAUGCUUCCUUCAUCUUAUGAGACAGUGAGAGCUCUUGUGUUUUCUGUUUCCCCAGUUGUGUCAGUUGUGGCUAAAAUCUAUGAUUCAAGAUAUGGAAAUCUUGAUAAUGUUAUGGAGGCAACAAUGACCAAGCAUGUAGAUAGAUCCUCUAGGGGAGAUCUUUACUCAGUUCCUUGGAAUUAUAAAGCAUUUGAAGACCCCUCUGCAGAUAGAUUCUGGCUGCAAAUAGAAGCAACCGACAUCAUGGGCCGAACAACUUUAACUGAACUAAGACCGUUUUCUGUAAAUGGGCUUCAUGCUAAGGUAUUGUGGACUUGGAAGGAGUUUUUUGUCAUGGGUUGUCAAUGGGCGGCCUUGUAUUACCCAAUUCUUUGGUUGACUAUGUACUUUCUACUCUUACUUCUUCUUAUCCCAAGAGCUUUUCUCAUAUUUUCAAGGAAACAACACACUUACAAGAAUUUUCUCGCUGCAAAAGGCCUCAUAAAUGGCAUAGCAUGGGUUCUGCAAGAGCUCUGCAGGGUUCCUAUAGCAUGGUUUGGUUUCCUGGGAUACUUAUUCUACCUUGUUUUAUUUCCCUGGUUCGUGGGACAAGUUUUCACUGAUGGUGGAGAUAGGGGAUACAUGACAUACAUGGGCUGGGUGGUGAAAUCCUCCAAUAAUAAGAGAAAUGAUUAUAUUGGAUCUCCCGAUAUCAUGGUAGUUGUUCUUCCUCAUCUCAUCUUUGUGGUUUUACCAGCUAUUUUCUUCGCGGGAGCUCUGGCAGCUGAGAGAGCUGUCCAUAGAGAUAAUUUUCUAUCAAUUUCAGGAAAGAAAGCAGAUGACUACAGUAGACUGAAUAAGAGAUCUCUUAGGUAUGAUUCCCGAGGCAAUAGAAGAUCAAAAUUCCAUUUUGAUGGGCGUUGGAUGCGGUCAAUCCUUUUGGUUCUUUGCUUGGCAAUCUGUUGGAAGCAUUUCAAGAAUUGCAGAGCCCUUAUGAAAGCUUAUGAGAUGAAUCCAUUACUUCAUUUUCCGGUGUAUAGCCUUGGAAUUCCAGUAUUAUUGGGUUAUGUUAUCCACAAAACUAAGGGGGCUUAACAAGCACCAUUGGCUCUCUCUUCUCCAAAAUUUUUUGUGUGCUAUGCGACACGCACCUGCAGACGCUUGAUGCUAAUUCUGGCUCUACCAUAGAUGUAGUUCUGAUUACAUGAAAAAGAUAUCAAAGCUGAACACAGGCAGGGCGAAUGGAAAACAUGGAUGAAGGCCUGGUUUUGGUGAAAAUGUAGGUAUAGUUAAUCUAAUACUGACUAACAACUAGUAAGCAAAACUUUGGGAAGCUCUAUUCACCUUGGAUAUGGAACCUUUGGGUUCUGAUUACAAUUUUGCCAUGUACCACAGCUAAGGACAAACAAUUGUUAUAUAUUGUAUUGACCCCUCUCUCUGGUUAUUAUUUAUUAGAGAUUUGGGGUGGAAGGUAGGGUGGCUGACUGGCUUGAGGCAUACUGCAAUUUCUUUCUCACUAAAUUGUUGGCACAUAGCCUGAAACUUCUAGUAAUUGCAAUUGAACAGGAAAUCAAAGACUUUAUUAAUUACUGUGGUUUAGGAUAUCAAUUUAUAAUUUUUAUUAAUUAAUGUUUUGUAAAACCUUUAUUUUUAUUUAUUAGUGAUAUUUAGUUCUU